UUUUGCCCGAGCAGAGUCCGUUAGUGAGGUUGGAGAGCAGCCAAAGACACGGGGAAACAUGCCCUUUGGUGGGUUGGCAGGUUUGAAGGAGAAGGUGCUUAAACCUGGGAAGGAGGAAGUAAAAAACACAGUGGGAGACUCUUUGGGAAAACUGCAAAGGAAAAUGGACGGUAGCAAUGCAGAGGAAACAGACCACAUUGAGCUGACAGAGGACUGGCGUCCGGUGGCGUCAGCUCCUCGCGCCGCGCCAAUGCUGGACUGCAGCUGUGGCGGUCUGCCCAAGCGCUACAUAAUCGCCAUCCUCAGCGGCCUGGGCUUCUGCAUCUCCUUUGGUAUCCGUUGCAACCUCGGUGUGGCCAUUGUGGAGAUGGUGAACAACAACACCGUCUACAUCAAUGGGACCCCUGUGCUUCAGAGAGCUCAGUUCAACUGGGACCCAGAGACAGUGGGGCUCAUCCACGGCUCCUUCUUCUGGGGUUACAUUGUCACUCAAAUCCCUGGUGGUUUCAUCUCCAACAAGCUGUUUGCCAACAGGGUUUUUGGGGCUGCCAUUUUCCUGACGUCAGUGCUAAACAUGUUCAUCCCAUCAGCAGCACGGGUGCACUACGGUUGCGUCAUGUUUGUGCGCAUCCUGCAGGGCUUGGUGGAGGGUGUCACCUACCCGGCAUGCCAUGGGAUGUGGUCCAAAUGGGCGCCACCUCUGGAGCGGAGCCGACUGGCCACAACUUCCUUCUGUGGAUCCUAUGCAGGAGCAGUGAUCGCCAUGCCUCUAGCCGGGGUGCUCGUUCAGUACGUCGGAUGGCCUUCAGUCUUCUAUAUCUAUGGUGUUUUUGGGAUCAUAUGGUAUGUCGUGUGGCUGCUGCUGGCAUAUGGAAGUCCCGCUGAACAUCCGACCAUCAUGGAGGAGGAGAGGCUCUACAUCGAGACCACCAUCGGGGAAACAAUGCGCCAACUGAGUGUGACUGAGAAAUUCAAGACACCGUGGCGUUGUUUCUUCACCUCCAUGCCCGUCUACGCCAUCAUCGUGGCCAACUUCUGCCGCAGCUGGACCUUCUACCUGCUCCUCAUCAGCCAGCCGGCGUAUUUUGAGGAAGUCUUUGGCUUUCCCAUCAGCAAGGUGGGGCUCCUGUCCGCGGUUCCCCACAUGGUGAUGACCAUAGUGGUUCCUAUUGGAGGACAGCUGGCUGACUACUUACGCAGUAACAAAAUCAUGUCCACCACGAAUGUGAGGAAAAUCAUGAACUGUGGAGGAUUUGGUAUGGAGGCCACUCUGCUUUUGGUGGUGGGGUUUUCUCACACUCGGGGGGUUGCCAUCUCUUUCCUAGUUUUGGCUGUGGGGUUCAGUGGAUUUGCCAUCUCAGGUUUUAAUGUCAAUCAUUUGGAUAUUGCUCCUCGCUAUGCCAGCAUCCUGAUGGGCAUUUCUAACGGGGUGGGAACGUUAUCAGGGAUGGUGUGUCCUCUGAUUGUUGGAGCCUUGACCAAAAAUAAGACUCGCCUGGAGUGGCAGCAUGUCUUCAUUAUUGCGUCCAUGGUGCAUUACUCUGGGGUCAUUUUCUACGCUAUCUUUGCUUCUGGAGAGCAGCAGGAGUGGGCCGACCCCGAGAGCACCAGCGAGGAUAAAUGUGGCAUUAUUGAUCAGGAUGAGCUGGCUGAAGAAUCAGAGCUCAACAUGGACAACGCAGUGGCUCCCAAAAAGAGCUACGGAACCACAAACAAUUCCUCUGGAGGAAAACAGGGCUGGAAAAAGAGGAGAGGGGUGACAGUGCAAGAGGAGGAGGAUCAUUGUGGGAACGGCGAGUACCAGGACCGUUACCAGUGAGACGCACUAGGGGGCAAAGGACUUCCAAAACCCUCGAGUCUGGUUGCAGCUGAAAGUUUGAUUACAAACCUGUGGAAAUAUUUUAAAAAAGCAAUGGAAAAGUAACAAGGAGCAGCAUCAUCAUAUGCACCUCAAGCCAUUUUUCCUUUUUGGUCACACACUCCAGUGAUGUCCAGUAAUGUCAAAAAUCCUGAGGGAAAAAUGCUCAAAUUACUUAAAUAGUCUUCAUUGGAAACGAUUGGAGCAAAGUCAGUUAGUACUCUUCCACACAAACCUUUAUGAACCGUGUUGUGUUAAAAAGAGCUUCAGAGACACACGUAGAGUUCUGCGUUGAUCGUACUCCGUCUGUGUGGGCAAACUGAGCGUUGUGUGGCUUACUUUGGACCAACCGUUUUUUGAAAUGUUUCGUGUCAGCUAUGCAACGUGAAAAAUGCUUUUGGAAUGCAACGAUGGGUUUGACAGCAGUGUUAAUGUUACCAGCCUUAUUUUAUUUAAGUUUGCUUGUAUGUAUUUGCUCUUGCUGAAUGAUUGCACUUUGAACCGCUUAGCCCGCUCUGUCUGAGCAGGUCCUAGUUCACCAUCUGUUCUCAAGCAUUACAUCACCUUCAUCAUCCAUCCUGCUCCGAGCUCAUGAUGGGAGGUGAUGGAUGGUGAUGACGCAUUUAGUGUAACGAUAUAUAUAUUCUCCUGGUGUUUGUCUUUUUGGAAUCUGUCAGUGUUUGAUACAUGGCGACCCAGUUUGUUUCUAAAAAUAAUGUACUGUAAUGUUUAAUCAUAAAAGAGUAUGGGACAUUUA